GAGUAAUGUGUUUUAUUUAAUGAUGGUGUUGCAGUGUAUUAAGAACCAAGAGUGAGUGUGUUGAGGCUGGUCCUUGUGGUGUAGCUGCUGGUGAGGUGUGACUACACUCACCUCACUCUUUCACGUUGUUGCUUCAUCUGCUGCCCUAGGUGCUGGUGUCUUUGCAACGCUAUCCAGACCCACAUGUGACUAUUCACCGAAUUCCAAACAAUAAACGUGGACUGGCUACUUUGGAAUCGAACAGGGAAACAAAUUACUGUCACUGACUUGAAUUAGUCAGUUUCCACACUUAACACAAUGCCACAGAACGAACACAUUGAACUUCACCGCAAGCGCCAUGGCCAGCGACUUGAUUAUGAAGAACGCAAAAGAAAGAGGGAGGCCCGUCAAGGACAUGAAAGAUCUGCAAAAGCAAAGAAGCUCUUUGGAUUGAAGGCAAAGCUCUAUCAUAAACAGCGCCAUUCAGAAAAGAUUCAAAUGAAGAAAACCAUUAGAGCUCAUGAAGAGAAGCUAAGCAAACAAAAGGAUUCUGAAGCUGUUCCCGAAGGAGCAGUGCCUUCUUACCUAUUGGAUCGUGAGGGACAGUCUCGUGCCAAGAUUUUAUCUAAUAUGAUUAAGCAGAAGAGGAAAGAAAAGGCAGGCAAAUGGGAUGUUCCUAUACCUAAAGUUCGGGCACAGUCUGAGGCAGAAGUUUUCAGAGUUGUAAAGACUGGUAAAAGAAAAGCAAAAGCUUGGAAACGUUUGGUUACUAAAGUAACAUUUGUCGGGGAUCAGUUCACGAGGAAGCCACCAAAAUUUGAAAGAUUUAUCCGACCAAUGGCUUUAAGAUUUAAAAAGGCUCAUGUCACCCAUCCAGAAUUGAAAGCUACAUUUUGUCUUCCUAUUAUUGGUGUAAAGAAAAAUCCAAGCUCAACAAUGUACACCACUCUUGGUGUAAUUACAAAAGGCACAGUUAUUGAAGUCAAUAUUAGUGAACUUGGACUUGUCACGCAAAGUGGAAAAGUGGUAUGGGGUAAAUAUGCACAAGUUACAAAUAAUCCAGAAAAUGAUGGAUGCAUUAAUGCUGUUCUUUUAAUUUUUGUGAAGACAUUAACUGGAAAGACCAUCACUCUUGAGGUCGAACCAUCUGAUACCAUUGAAAAUGUGAAGGCCAAAAUUCAGGACAAGGAAGGCAUACCGCCUGACCAACAGCGUCUGAUUUUUGCUGGCAAACAGCUUGAGGAUGGUCGCACUCUGUCGGAUUAUAACAUUCAGAAAGAAUCAACACUUCACUUGGUUUUGCGCCUCCGUGGAGGUGCCAAGAAGCGUAAGAAGAAGAAUUAUACUACCCCAAAGAAAAUCAAGCAUAAGCAUAAGAAAGUUAAGCUGGCAGUGUUGAAGUACUACAAGGUGGAUGACAAUGGCAAGAUUACCCGUCAGAGGCGCGAGUGCCCUAGUGAAGAGUGUGGAGCAGGUGUAUUCAUGGCAAACAUGUUUGACCGCCAAUAUUGCGGCCGAUGUCACCUGACUUUUGUUUUCAACAAGCCUGAAUAAAGGUCUCCCCAAGUA